CUCUCUCUCUCUCUCUCUCUCUCUCACUUUCUUUCUCUCUUUCUCUCUCACUCAUUCUAAUAGCUUUCUUCUCUUCCAUCUAUUCAAAUCGCAAAUUUGUCUUAUCAAUUUCUUACAUUAACUUUUCUCUCUUUCCCUUUUUUACUUUCUUGCCUUCUUUCUUUCUUUCUUUCUUUCUUUCUUUCUUUCUUUCUUUCUGUGUUUCUUCUGCUCUCUUUUUAUUUUUUCAUUCCUAUCCAUCGGAGAAGAAAAUUAUUAUCUCUUUUCGUUUCUAUCACGUUUCUCGAGUGUCGAGAGAAAAAUUAUUCUAACUCUAUCUCACGCAGGGGGUGCUAUAUAAAAUCGUCGUCGAAAGAGAAGAAGAAGAAAGUAAAGUAGAAAAGGAGCAAGUGUUCUCUCAAGGGAAAGUGAAUUAUUACAGAGUUAUCAACGAGAAUUAACGUACGAUAUUAAUUACGUAUUAAAAUUAAAUCCUCUUUUGCGUCGCCCGUGUUAAUACGCACUUUUGAUAAGGAGAGUACGAAAGAAAUAAAUACAAGCGCGAGAAAAAGAGAAAAAAAAAGUUGUGCGUUGUUGUGGUGUUGUGGUGUGUGUUUGUAUAUAUAAAUAUAUAUACAUGUACAUUCGUCGUGUGCUUCCAACGAUACUUUUAUCAAACGAGACUUAAACGACGUACGUGUUUAUUUUGAUUUUAUCUUAAAAAAAAAAAAAAAAAGAAAAAAGAAAGGAAGAAGAAAGAAAAAAGAAGAAAAGAGAUGAGAAAGAUCAUUCGACUUUAACUGUGAUAUGUUGAUUGGACCGUUGGUGAUUUUCAAAGAACGCAUAAAUAUAUACCGUUUAUAGUUUUUAAUUAUUACGUGCACGUGAGUGUAUAAUUUGAGUGACGAACAAACGAACGAACGAACGAACGAACGAAGCGAGACUUAUUAAUUAAGUGAUACGUUGUUACAGUUUUGCCGUCCGUAUGUUUCUAAUAAUGUCCAUUUGCUAAGCUAAACGACUAUCGUCUAAUCGUCUAUAUCUAUCUCUAUCUUUCUCUAUCUAUCUAUUUAUCUCUGUAUUUCUUUCUCUUUAUUUCUAUCUAUCUAUCUAUCUAUCUAUCUUUCUAUCUAUCUAUCUGUCUGUCUGUCUGUCUGUCUAUCUAUCUAUUUGUCUAUCUCUAUCUGUGUCUCGAGAGGUUCGACUAAUGCAAGACUCGUACUACUGCCUUCUCUUGGUCAAUCACGUUACGUAUUUUCUUCAUCCGAUCUAACGGCACCGUAGUCUGUAUUAUCCAGCAACGUCACCCACGCUUUUCUCCGAGGGAAAAAAGGGAUCGAUAUUAACGAGGAAAGUUUGAAGGUGCCCAUUACUGGUCGUCGUCGUCGUCGUCGUCGUCGUUGUCACUGUCGUCGUCGUCGUCGUCGUCGUCGGCUACCACACGGGCACGAUUAGAAGAGAAUAGACAUAAUAAUCACUUCGAUAUCGUUCAUUUUGGAUCUCGAGAAAUCGUCGACUCGCAUAAUGGUCGUCUGUUUAUGACAAAUCUGGCGUUGCUUUUAAGUCCGGUAUUAAGUCCGGAUUCACGGACGGCGUUGCCAGGGUGCACUUUGAAGGAGAAGAGAGGAGGUGGGAGAGGUAAAGAGGAAGAAGGAAGAAGGGGUGGGUUCGAAGAGGAGAGAAAGAGAGAACUCGACGUACGAUAUUAUUGUUAUUCCGUUUGGAUUCUACAAAUCUCUUCUCCAAAGUGGCUAAGAGCGUAAGUCCCCGUCGAGUGCACCAAGAGUGCUCCGGGGUGGAGGCGCAGGUGCAGGUGCAGCAAGAGAGGCGAGCACCGAGGCGCAUGCCUCACCUGGGGCCUGACAUGACAACCCGGCUGUCCGCCAUGUUUUACACGGUCGAGGUCGGGGACACCAAGUUCACCAUUCUCAAGCGAUAUCAAAAUCUCAAACCAAUUGGUUCUGGUGCUCAGGGAAUCGUCUGCGCCGCUUACGACACAGUCACGGCGCAAAAUGUGGCGAUUAAGAAGUUGUCAAGACCUUUUCAAAACGUGACACACGCUAAGAGAGCCUAUAGAGAGUUCAAGCUGAUGAAAUUGGUCAAUCACAAAAAUAUAAUCGGUCUUUUGAACGCAUUUACGCCGCAACGAUCGUUGGACGAGUUUCAAGAUGUGUAUUUGGUGAUGGAGCUUAUGGACGCGAAUCUGUGUCAGGUGAUCCAAAUGGAUCUGGAUCAUGAACGUAUGUCGUAUCUGCUGUACCAAAUGCUCUGUGGUAUCAAGCAUUUGCACUCCGCUGGUAUCAUUCAUAGGGAUCUAAAACCAAGCAAUAUCGUUGUUAAGUCCGAUUGUACGUUAAAAAUUCUUGACUUUGGUCUGGCGAGGACUGCCGGGACAACGUUUAUGAUGACACCAUACGUAGUAACGCGGUAUUACCGAGCGCCAGAAGUGAUAUUAGGUAUGGGCUAUAAGGAGAACGUGGACAUUUGGUCAGUAGGAUGUAUCAUGGGUGAAAUGAUCAGAGGUGGUGUACUUUUUCCUGGUACCGAUCACAUCGAUCAAUGGAAUAAAAUAAUUGAGCAACUGGGGACUCCAGCACAGGAAUUCAUGCAACGGUUGCAACCAACGGUAAGGAAUUACGUGGAGAACAGACCACGAUAUCCUGGAUAUCCGUUCGACAGGCUAUUCCCGGACGUUUUGUUUCCCUCCGACUCAUCGGAGCAUAAUAGAUUAAAGGCGAGCCAGGCUAGGGACCUAUUGUCGCGCAUGCUCGUCAUCGACCCAGAACGACGCAUAUCCGUCGACGACGCGUUGCUUCACAAUUAUAUAAACGUCUGGUACGACGAGGGUGAAGUAAAUGCCCCUGCCCCUGGCCCAUACGAUCACAGCGUGGACGAGAGGGACCACGGUGUUGAUCAAUGGAAAGAGCUGAUCUAUCAAGAGGUCAUGGAAUACGAGACAAGCCAUAAUUCAGCAGCGGUUGCUCAGCCGUCAGAGAGUGCAGGCUCCCGGUAGAUACAGCGAAAGUUGUUGUCCUCGCAGCUUUUCUCCUGUACCAGAGAGAGAGACUUGUAAGAGAGUUAACAAAUGAGAUAGAGGAGGAAAUAAAUAUAAGUAGGCUGCUACUGGACCUCUCUUUCUCUCUCUUUCUCACUAUAUAAUAUAUAUAUAUAUAUAUAUAUAUAUAUAUAUAUUUCUCUUUCUGUCACACACAUACUCUUCUCUCUCUCUCUCUUUCUUUUUCUAUCUGUCUGUCUAUCUCUUUCUCUCUCUCCUUUUUUCCCUCUCUCUCUCUCUUUCUCUCUCUGUUGAUCCUCAAGCCCCAUCAUUCUCCGGAUGAUAAAUCAGACUAGCGAAAAAUCUAAUGAAGAGAAACAAAAACUUCAUAUUGAAAUUGAGAACCUUCGGAGACACCUGUCAGUCAACGGAAUCCGAUGAAAAUAUGAAGUUCAGGUUAACAGUUAAAAACCUGUAUCGAAACAAGAGGAGGAACUUCGAGAGAGAAUGUAAACGAUCGUCGUCAGAUUGUCCAUUCAAUUCUUCAUUUAUUAUUGUUUCUUCCUCCUCCUCCUCCUCCUUCUCCUCCUCUUCUUCUUCUUCUUUCUCUUUCUUUUUUCUUCUUUUCUCCUUUCUUUCACGUUGCUUCAUUCAUGUCAAAAGACAAGCAAGAUCAAUGAACGUUCGGCCACACUAUUAUUUAAAUACAUCCUCUAGUAUCACUACUGAAGAGUGGUUUCACUAUUGAAAAUUCAUAGAAGAAUUCGUUUCAACGACCACGUCUCUAUCUAUCUAUCUGUCUGUCUAUCUAUCUAUCUAUCUAUACGUAUACAUAUAAAUAUAUAUAUAUAAAUAUAUAUAUAUAUAUCCAUUUGUUUCUUCUCCAACAAUGAAGCAACAAAUUUUUUAGGCUGACGUUCAUUCGUAGGCAGUAGGCUUUAGAAUCUUUAGGUCGAGAUCGAUUUGAUCAGAAAGAAAGAGAGAGAGAGAUAGAGAGAUAGAGAGAGACAGAGACAGAGAGAGAGAGACAGAGACAGAGACAGAGACAGAGACAGAGAGAGAGAGAGAGAGAGAGAAAGAGAAAAGAAAAGAAAAGAAAAGAAAAGAAAAGAAAAGAAGUGCUCUCGAACAGGUCGGCACAGUAUCCGUCUUACUCACACUUACUAAAACAUUAGUAAUCCUCUUGUUUGAGAAGUUCGAUUAAUUUUUUCAAAGCCUUCUCUCUCCCUCUCUUUCUUUCUCUCUGUCUCUCUCUCUCUCUCUCUCUUUCCCUUUCUGUCUGUCUCUUUCUCUCUCUUGUAUUAUCUUUUAAAGAGCAAAAAGAACGUUUUAUCGUAAAAUCCGAACAAGAAUAUAUAAAACAGUAAUGAAAGGAAAUAGAAGAAAGAAGAAGAAAAAGAAGAGGAAGAAGAGGGAGAAGGAGAGGAUGGAGAAGAAGAAGAUUAAGAUGAAGAUGAAAUAAAAACUGUAAUUCUGUAAUAGAGAAAUUAACCGUAGUUUUAAACGUGCUUUCAGAGAGAACAAAAGUAAAAUAAAAAAAUAAAUUGAAGUAAAAUAAAAUAAAAUAAAAUAAAAUAAAGUAAAAUAAAGUAAAAUAAAGUAAAAUAAAAUGCGGAUCGCGACGUGGAGAACGACGAGGCGAUCAUUGAUUGAUUUCAUGAUUGAAGGAAAAAAAGAAAGGAAAGGAAACUGACAAAAGAAAAUGAAAAAAAAAGAAAAAGAAAACCGUAUGAAAUUUAUGUUCUUUUCUUUUCUGUUCUUUCCUCUUUUUUUCUUUUCUUUUCUUUUCUGUUCUUUUCUUUUCUUUUCUUUUUCGUUUAGUUCUGUUCCAAUCGUUAUAGACUUUGCUUGCAUUAUGAUAUGUGUAUAUAAAUAUGGCCGAGGGUGGCCGUCCACCGCAAGAAAUUCUUUUUCGUUUUUAUUCUCGUUGUUCGAGUUAAAAAAAAAAAAAAGAAAGAAUGGAAAAAAAAGAGAAAAAAUGCUGUUGAUAACAAAAAUAUGGCCACCUUGUACUUUUUAUACGCUUUUAGAAAUCCGUACUUCAUCCUCUCUCUCUCUCUCUCCCUCUCUCUCUCUUUAUCUCUAUCCUUAUCUCUAUCUCUCUCUCUCUUUCUCUUUCUCUUUCAAUUUCUCUCUCUCUCUCUCUCUCUCUCUCUCUUGUCUCUCUUGUCUCUCGAUUCCUUCGAUUUGUACGAUUCGUUUCGAAUUAAAUUAAUAAACAACCCCCUGACUACCACCCGCCGCCAUGGCUCACGUAAUAACGUCGAUAACAUUGUAUAUUUUUUAUCAAGCCCAUUUUUUAUCGCGUGAACAAAACGAUAUAAAAAGAAAAAAAAUUAAUAAAUAAAUGAAUAAAAGGAAAAAAAAAAGCUCUUAAUAUCAGCGACAAAAGGGCGCAAAUGAAUAUAAUGUGAAUUAUGUUUUUACUUGUUUUCCUUUUUAAGGAAUGAUAUUAUUAUUAUUAUUAUUAUUAUUAUUAUUAUUAUUAUUAUUAUUAUUAUUAUUAUUAUUAUUAUUAUUAAUUAUUAUUAUUAAUUAUUAUUACUAUUAUUAUUAUUAUCAUUAUUAUCAUUAUUAUUAUUAAUAUUACUAUUACUAUUAUUAUACGAAACAGUGCAAUGAAAUUGUUCGAGCGUGUGCCGUGUCACGGUGUUUUGCGAUCAUACUUAUAGUUAGUGAAUUAGUUUAUAAGGGAUAUAUGUUAUACGUAUAUAUGUAAAUUUAUAUAUAGGAGUAAAUUUAUAUAUAUAUGUAUACAUUUCCACGUGCAAUCACGUUUUGACGCGACGUUUUAGAGCGAGACCUUGAACCCCUCUCCAAUCCUCGGCCUCUCAUCCUCAUCUCCCAAGGUCCCAAUCCCGUUUCGAAAAGAAAAAUGGCGAAUGAAUGUUCGCACGCGUGUCCUCGAUAAUUAUUAUUAUUAUUAUUAAUUCUGUCGUACGUAGAAAAGAAGAUUUAAGGAAAUAAAGUAAAGUAAAAGGAAAAAAAAAAAAAAAAAGAAAAAACAUUAAGUAAAAACUAAAAAGUAAAGUAAAGCAAGUAAUCUUAAACGUUAUAGAGGAAGAGAAAUAAAAAAAAAAUAAUAAUAAUAAAUAAUUAAAUAAAUAAAAAUAAAAAUAAAGAUAAAAAUAAAAAACGUGGCAAUAAUCGGCGUAUCCAAAAUUGUUUUGUGUCGACAACGAUCGUCUAGAUUGUGCUAAGCGGUGAGACCUUCGAUCGAAGAUCAUUGGGAAGAACAAUAAGACAUUAAAAAAAAAAAAAAAAACUAUAAAAAAGAAAAACGCGAUGGGAUUUUAAUGCGUAUGUAUAUGUAUGUAAUAUGUAUGUAUGUGUUUGUGUGGAUAUAUUAUAUACACGCAUACAGACACACACGUAUAUAGUUAUUACUAUUAUCAUUAUUAUUAUUAUAUUAUUAUUAUUAUUACUAUUAUUUUAUUAUUAUUAUUAUUAUUAUUAUUAUUAUUAUUAUUAUUAUUAUUAUUAUUAUUAUUAUUUUUGUAAUUUUCUUUUUUCUUAUUUCUUUUUACGACCGAAUUAAAGCGAUUAUGAUCAAUCGAUUCUGAGUUCUUAAACUCUUCCUAAUUUCGAUAUACUCUUAUCUAGCUAAUCGCUAGAUCGAUGCGGGAAUGAAAAAAAUCAAUAUUGUUAAUUUUUCGAAAAUGAAAGGAAAAAAAGUAAAAUGCAAAAGAAAAAUUUGUGAUCGAACGACGAGGGUGAUGAGAUAGAUAAGAACAGUGCUGCUUAAGCGACAACCGUUUCUUAACGAUAACUCGAUCAUAUUGAUAUCGAUACCGAUUGUGAUGAUGGUGAUGAUGAUGAUGAUGAUGAUGAUGAUGAUGAUGUUUAUGAUGUUGACGACGACAAUGACGAUGAUCAUUAUAAUACGAAUAAUUGUAUUUAUUACGUAACCGAUGUUGAAAAUGAAGAUUAGCAAGGUAAAUUUACAUAAGAUAUACACAUACAUAUAUAUAUAUAUGUAUAUAUAUAUGUAUAUAUAUAUAUAUAUAUAUAGACACACGCGUAAUAUGUAUGUAUAUGUAUAUAGUAUAUUUAUCGGUUCCGACGAUAAUGACGUAAAGCCGACGACCGAAUGAUUGUAAUGUAAACGUUGAAUUUUUAUUUUCCAUGAUGAUAGUUAUGUGAAUAUACCGCUACAGUCCGAUCCAAAUAAUCAAGCUUUUGUAACACUAAUUAUAAAAUAAAAGAUAAUGAUGGUGAUACUAUUAAUCACGUAAUUGUAUCGCAUACGGUAAUUAAAGAAUUAAGGAACAAAAAAUAAAUUAAUUUAUUAAUUAAUAAAUGAGAGAUUACGAAUAGUGAGAUUGAGAGGUGAAUACUCUAAUAAUAAUAUUAAUAAUAUUAUUAAUAAUAUUAAUAAUAAUAAUUAUUAUUAUUAUAAUAAUAAUAGUACUAAUAAUGAUGGUAACAAUGAUAAUAAUGAUAAUGAUCAUGACGAUAAUAAUAAUUAUAAUAAAUAAUUAAUAAUAAUAAUAAUAAUAAUAAUAAUAAUAAAUAUUAAUAAUAAUAAUAAUAAUAAAUGAGAAGGAGAAAAUAAAUAAAAAAGAAGCGAACGAUGAAGAGAUGCACCAAAAAUCUUUACAAAUUCAGCGAGGUAAGUCGCUGUGCUUUGAUUAAAAAACCGCGCCAAUUUUUCUCUCCUCUGCUACAUACAUACAUACAUACAUAAAUAUAUAUAUAUAUAUGAUUGUAAUGUAAUAUAUAUAUAUAUAUGUAUGUAUGUAUACUAUUUAUUUUUGCGCGUCGUCAACAAAAACGAGUAGUACACUUACAUACUUAAACGAACACGUACACAAACGCACGAAAAACACACGCGAGUGCACGUUACUAAACAUUAAAAUACAUUAAAAACGAGCUUUAUAAAAAUUUUACGAAAGUAAAGAAACGCGAUAUAAUUAUAAUUCAAUUGUCAAAAUAUGUACAUGUGUCUUCGUUGCGAAUUUCGUCGGACGCGAAAAGAAAAAAGAGGAAAAAAAAAAAAGAAAAUAUUUUCUCGCCAUUUUGCCAUUUUCUGUAAGAACAAGGAAAAAGGAAAUAAAAGUAAACGUAAAAUUAAAAGUAAAAUAAAGGGGACAAGUGAAAGAAAAAAAAGAAGAAACAAGAAAGCACAGAUAAUAAAACGAAUAAUAGGUAUAACGAAAAGAGGGAUGGAAACGAUGGAAAAUUCGAAAUAAAGAAUGAAAAACGAUGGUCGAAGAAAAAUGACGACGACAGUCGUCGUUCCGUUUUGAAAACACAAAAAAAAAGGAAGGAAAGAAAAAUAAAGCGAUGUCAAUUAAAAAAAAAAAGAAAAGAAAAGAAAGAAAAAAAAUACAGCUGACCGACGAUUGCUAAUUAGCAGGAAGGAAAUAAGAAAAAGAGAAAAAAAAGAGACAAGAUAUAAUUUAACUAUCUCCUUUCGUACAACAUGCGCAUUUCCACAGGGUACUCGAGACCAUAUAUUCGCCUCUUUUUCGCCUUUCUACCUCACACAUACAUACACACACACGCGACAAUUAUUACACAUACACAUUACAAGACGUGCUCAUAGACAGGGUGUCCCAUUGCGAAGAAGGGAUAAAUAAAGAAAAAACAGAAGAAACAUGGGGAAAAUAAAAAAAAAAUUAUGUAUAUACAUAUAUUAAAAGGAAAAAAAAAAUGAAAAAAAAAAAGAAAAAAAAAAGAUACGAACGUAAAAUUUCCCUGCUAUGAGAUAUUUGAAUAAAAGAGGAAAAGAAAUGAGAUUUCUUUGUUUUUUUCUCCGGGAGAAAAGUGAUGGAAGAAGGGAAAAAAAAUGAAAAAUGAAGGAAGAAAAGAAGAAGAAAAAAUUAAUUAAUAAACAAAUAACAAAUGCUAUUUUUCCACGCGAGAAGAUAAACACACAACCACCUCUUUUUCUUCGCAUUUUUAAAGGACUCGGUGAACCGUGAUUCCUUGAAAUUCGUCCAGCUCCCUUGAGCCAGCACAAUCGCUUCUUUAUUAAUGAAUGAUUAAGAAAACAAAUAGGAAAAAAAAAAAGAGAAUCCUUUUACGAAGGAACGCUGAAAUCAAUGCUUGCGGUCUCUUUCUUUCCUCUCUCUCUUUCUCUCUCUCUCUCUCUCUCUCUCUCUCUCUCUCUCUCUGUCUCUCUCUCUUAUUUAUUAUAUUGUAAAGGGGGGAGGGGAAAAGAAAAAAUAAUUAAAAAUAAAAAGAAAAAAAAACGACAAUGAAAGCAGAAGAAAAUGUAAUAAGAAAAUUGUUAAAGCUUUUUCUCUACGAGUUAGCUUACGAGUCCAUUCAUGGAUUCCUACUACUACUAUUACUAUUAAUACUACUACUACUACUACUACUACUACUACUACUACUACUACUACUACUACUACUACUACUACUACUACUACUACUACUACUACUACUACUACUACUACUACUACUACUAUUACUACACUACUAUUACUACACUACUACUACUAUUACUAUUACUAUUACUACUGCUAAUACUCUCUGAUACUAUUAUUAAACUGUUAUUAUUAAAACAACUAAUACUACGAAAAUAUUAAUUAUCGCUAUACUAUUACUUACUAUCACUAUUAAUAAUAUGAAAUUACUAAUUACUUGUCAAGAAUUUCUAAAGAUUUUUGGGUAUACGCUUAGUAUGGAGGUUCGAUGCGUGCGAGAAACAGAUAUUACCAGGUUUCGGAAUGGCAAUAGUUCGUCGUACGAAAGAAAAAUUGAAAUGAAAAAGAAAAAGUAAAGAGAAAGGAGAAAGAAAUGAAAGAAAUUAUAUCAGAAUAAUCACUUACCUUCUAUCUAUCUAUCUAUCUAUCUGUCCAUCUAUCUAUUUAUCUAUCUAUCUAUCUAUCUAUCUUCUAUCUUCUCUUUCUCUGUUCUUCAUUAUCAGAUAAAAUAAAGGAAGAUCGUACUAAUGCAGACAGAGAAUAAAUAUAAUCCAAUACGUGUUUGUUAAACAAACGAAUAAAUGAAACAACCAAACAACAAAAUAAAUAAUGGUAAACAAUAAACAAAAAGCACAAGAACAAAAAAUAUCAAGUAACAGUAAGACGUAAUAAUUAAUUAUAAUUAACGAUAUAAAACGAUAAAUACAUAUGUCCACAUAGAAUUGUACGAUCGUUCGUGAGUUAAGCGAAAUGUGGGGAGUAGGGAACGAAUUAAAAAAAAAAAAAAAAAAAGACAAAAAAAAACGGAUAAAUUUUGUUCGACAUGCGAGUACCUCGAAAAAAAGUCACGUGCCUUUUUGAAAUCCUCCCGAAGCAAAUCAUUUGAGAUUGACCAUUGAUCGUCGUCGUUGCUCGAAGGAAAAUAUGAAGGGAAGAAAAAAGAUACUAAAAAACAAAAAAAAUGAAGAAAUAAAAAAAAGACUUAAACAAUUGCGUCCGUAUUGCACGCGUUUAUUACCGCGUAUAUUUUCAUCUUUUUCUUUUUAUCCUUUGUAUUUUUAUUUAAUUUUUUUAUUUUCCUUUUUUUAUCUUUUCAACGAAACCAUCUCCGAAGCCUGGCAAUUAUCGACGUUAUAUAUAUAUACAUACAUAUAUAAGUGAAUACAAAUAAUAUAAAUAGGUUAUAUACAAUAAGCAUUAUUCGCACGCGUGCGCAUAAAAAUUAAGAUAAUGGAGAGAAAAAAAAGUAAGAAAAAAUCGAAACGAAUAGUUCAACUCAAUUCGAUUAACGAAACGAGCCGACGAGCCUUUUUUUAGAAUGUUAAAAGGGUGGGACAGGGUGGGGAAUGAACACACAUACAUUUACGAACAUAAGAAAUAGAGAGAAAAAAAAUUAAUAAAAAAAAAACAUUGCAUAUACAUACCAUAUUUUGAAGAGGAGAUCGGGAAGAUGCUGUGCUGACGUUGAUAAGAAAAAUACAAUAUAUAUAUAUAUAUAUAUUGUAUUUGUAUAAAAAAAUAAAUAAUAUAGUAUCGAAUAAUAAAUAGAAACAAAAUGGGAAAAGAACAAUGUCCAUGCGUUAUUGAGGUAAAAAUAAAAAAAUAAAAAAGAAGAAGAAUAAGAAGAAAACGUAGCCGUGAUGUAGAUUGCGUGUAGUGACGUCCUAGUUUAAAAGAAAAAAAAAAAGAAAAGAAAAGCAAAAGAAAAAGAAAAAAAAGAGAUAGAAAAAAAAUAAUUAAAAAGUAGAAAAAGAGAAGAUAGUAGUUGUUAGUAGGAACAACAGAUAAGAAAAAAAAAAAUUAAUAAAAAAGAUACACAAAAGAUUAAUCGCAAAAAGAAGAAACAAACUAUGUUGCGACGACAAACGUAACACACACACACACAAGCGUAGUUUUCUCUGUAGAUUUUUAAGAGGAGAGAAUAGUAAAGAGAAGAAAUAAAAAAAAAGAAAGAAAAAGUGAAAAAAAGAAAUGAUGAUAAUGAUAAUAAUAAUAUUAUUAAUAAUAAUAAUUAUAAUAAUAAUAGUAAUAAUAAUAAUAAUAAUAAUAAUAAUAAUAAUAAUAAUAAUAAUAAUAAUAAUAAUAAUAAUAGUAAUAAUGAUUUAGAGUAUUAGAACAGUGGAUUAAUCAUUAAUGCGAAGCCUUGUUCCUUUCUGUAAUUUUUAGAGUGAAAAGUUUUUAGAUACCCUCCUGUCUCCCUCUCAAUCUCUCUCUCUCUCUCUCUCUCUCUUUUUCUCUAUCUCUCUCUAUCUCUCUCUAUCUCUCUUUCUCUCCUUCACUCACUCGUUCUCUCUCUCUCUCUCUCUCUCUCUCUCUCUCUCUCUCUCUCUCUCUCUGUCUCUCUCCCUUUUUUUAUAUCGUUUCGAGCAUAUUUUUAUUAAUUUUUUUUAUCAAGGAAAUAUUCGAGAAAAGCGAGAGAUGAUGAUGAUGAUUAUGAUGAUAAUUAAAAUGAUUAAUGAUGAUAAUGAUGCAUCCGAUGUUGAAUGGGAGGACAAUCUUCUUUUAAUGGAUUUUUCGCUAAGAGGGCACGAGAAUGGUGCAAAUAUGGCCGCUAAAAAUAAAUAAAUAAAUGAAUGAUUAACAACAAAAUAAAAAAAGAACAAACUGGAAUAAAACGAAAAGAAAACGUGGCAAUGUUCUUCUAGCCUCAAUUUCGAAUGAAAAUAAUUCAUGUCAAAAGGAAAAAAAAAAAAAGAACAUGUCAAAUCUUCUUGGGAAGAAUACGAUCGAUCUAUCGAUCGAUCGAUCAAUGAAAAGCAAUAAAAAAAGGAAAAAAAGAAAACAAAAACAGAUGACGAAGAAACGAUUUUCUUGCUAUAUCUAUCCCCCUUUUCUCCUUUUUCACGAAAUAAUAAAAAAUUGAAAUAUUUCACGAUCGACUUUUUUUAUUUAUAAUACUUUUUAUAAGAAGAACAAUUUUUUACCCGCCAUUUACGUUAUAAUACAUUAGAAGAAACAUUGACGGUCGGCAAGGAUCACAAAAAACUAAUCGAUUUUUUAAUAUUUAAUUGAUGCUCGUCGUCCGCAAUAAUUAAUCAUCGAUUAAUACGAUUAUUAUUAUUAUUUAAUUGCAACGUCACAAUCAUUGUUAUAUUAUUGUCGGGAAAAUAAGUGGGACGAUGCAGAACCGAUCGAAAAGCAAAUUGACUUGAGCUAAAUAAAUAUCAAUGUAUCCGUAAAAAUAGAUCCGUGAUGAUGCUGUAAGAAACCUAAAUUAUAACACACACACACACACACACAUUGAUAUUAUUAAAGAUAUACAUACAUACAUACAUACAUACAUACAUACAUACAUACAUACGUACGUACGUACAUACGUAUAUAUAUGUAUAUAUGUAUAUAUAUGUAUGUAUAUAUAUAUGUAUAUAUGUAUAUAUAUAUAUAUGUAUAUGUAUAUAUAUAUAUAUGUACAAGACACACUCCAAUAUUUAUAUAUAUUAUACGUGUAACAUAUUUAUAUCUAUAUAUACAUAUAUAUGUAUGUAUGUCUAUACCUAUUCUGUACAUAUAUUAAGCAACAAUAAUAAUUAUUAAUUAUUGAUAAUGAUAUAAAUAAAUAGCAAGUGCAGCGAAACAAUAAAAAGUUGGAUAUUGUUUUUUUUUUUGCGAACGAUAUUGAAAACGAUUAUUAAGUUGUGAAUAUAUAUAAUAAUAAAUAAUAAUAAAAUACAAUCAUAAUAUGUAAUUAUAUCGUCGAGGCGAUUAUAAUGUAAUUUGAAUGAUUCCGUACCACGGUAUAAAUAUGAAAGAGCUGCCGCGAAAAUUAAUUUUUACUCCAAUUAUCGUUUCUCGAUUAUUGCCAUUAUGUUAACAUUAUUAAUAUUAUUAUUUAUUAUUUAUUAUUAUUAUCAUUAUUAUUAUUGUCAUCUUCAUCACUAUUAUUAUUGUUGCUAAUUAGGUUACUAUUAUUCAACUUCUUAUCAUUAUUUUAUUAUUAUUAUUAUUUUAUUGUAAAAAUAACAAAAGAAAAGGAACUAAAUUACAUUUGCAUUAAUUUACUAUCACGGUAAAUAAUACAAGAACGUCAUUAUAUAAGAAAAGUUUCAAUAGGUGUCGAUAAAUGAGUGAAUGAAUUAAAAAGGAACAAAAGUAAGUAAAAAAAAAAAAAGGAAAAAAAAAUAAUACAAGAGUACAUUUACAAGUAAAAAAAUGCUGAGAUUCAUCCGUAUAUUUAAGAAUUAGGUAAAAAGUAUACAAUUAAAGAUAUGAGAAUAACAAGAAAUUAAAUUAAAAGAAAAAUAAAACAAAUUCUAUCACUUCUUUUCGAAGCAGGAUUUUAAUGGUAACAAAAAUGAUUUGUUGAUAACAACAUAUAUAUGUCAUAUUAUUGACGAUUAAAAAUUGAACGAAUGAUAAAAGCGAUCCUGUCGGUUUUUGAAAAAUGAAUAAAAUAAAAACUGAUGAAUCACGAUUUUCUUUACCCGUCUGUACUUACGUAGGCCUGUAAUGUGUAUAACGCAGUGAGUUAUAAGGGAAUAAAUAAAUAAAUAAAUAAAAAAAGAGAAUAAGAACGCAUCAAGUAAAGGAAGAACAAACAAAAAAAAUAAAUAAAAGGAAAAAAGUCGAGAAGAGGAAACACGCACUUUUUAUAUGCAUGAUUUAUAAGUUUUAAUUUUUAAUAUUCAAGAAGAUAUGAAGACAUGUUGUAUGUGAAUGAAUUAUUGAUUAUUUAAAUUGAUGUUUUAAAAUAUCAAA